GCAGAAACAAGGAAGUUAACAUUUAGCAGCGGCUGCUGUGUUCUGGCCCCACCUCUGCAGGUGGAUGUGACCACUGGACAGAGGGUCCGGGGUAUCCAGACUUCAGGACAACAUUACAGAGGACGACAACAACAUGGGGCUGCUGUCUGAUCCAAACAGAAGACGGGCUUUGAUCAACCUGCUGACCCGCCUCAAUGCUCCAAUCUGCGUGGUCUGCUACAUGGCGGGUGUGGCUUGGUUCAUGGGGUUAGCAUUUGAGCCCUUCACUCUGCGGACAUACAUGUCAGAGAACGCCAUGGGGUCUACCAUGGUGGAGGAGCGCUUUCCUUCAGGAGAGAGGGCGGUGGCCACAGGCAGGGAGUUCGCAGCUCAUAAGAAGAAAGUUAGUGGGAUGCCAGUGGAAUGGCUGGUGAAGACCAUGCAGGCCCGAGGACUGGAAGUAUACACUCAGAGGUUCUCUCGCACACUACCCUUCCCUGAUGAAAACAAAGAGAGAUAUAUGGUAAAAGGCACAAAUGUAUAUGGGAUCCUUCGGGCUCCAAGAGCUCCUCGAACUGAAGCCCUGGUGCUGAGUGCCCCCUGCACCCCGGGUGAUAACAACAACCAGGCGGUGGGACUGCUACUUGGCUUGGCUCAGUACUUCAGAAAUCAGAUUUAUUGGGCCAAAGACAUCAUCUUCCUUGUGAAUGACCAUGAUCUGAUUGGUAUGCAGGCCUGGCUGGAGGGCUACCACCACACCAACACUACAGGUAUGGACUGGUCCCCAUUACAAGGCCGUGGUGGUUCAAUCCAGGCAGCCCUGUCCCUGGAGCUCAGCAGUGAUGUUGUCACCAGUAUGGACCUAGUUCUGGAAGGCCUCAAUGGCCAGUUACCCAACCUGGAUUUAGCAAACCUCUUCUAUGCCUUCUGUCAGAAGAUAGGGGUCCUCUGUACCAUCCAGGGCAAGUUGCAGAGGAAUGACUGGGACAGUGUGUCUGGCUACAGCCACGCAGUCCAGACCAUGAUGCUGAUGGUGAUGAAGCAGGCCAGUGGGCGGCCCUGGGGAGACCACGGUCUGUUCCUGCGCUACCACAUUGAGGCUGCCACCAUCAAGGGCAUCAACAGCUUCCGCCAGUACAAGACAGACGCCACCACCAUCGGCAGACUGCUGGAAGGAAUGUACCGUAAGCUGAAUAACCUCCUGGAGCGCCUACACCAGUCUUACUUCUUCUACCUCAUGCCGUCACUCUCUCACUUUGUCUCUAUCGGAUACUACAUGCCAGCCUUCGGCCUGCUUGCAGUUAUCCUCCUGCUUCGUGCCUUGGACCUGUGGGUUCAACUGGCAACUCCACCACCAACCACAGAGGAUGGUAUUGCUGACAUUGAGCAGUCCAGUCCAGGAGUGCUGUCAGUGUUGACUCCUCUGGUGAUCAGCCACCUGACUGGAGCAGCUCUGUACAUGCUGCCGAUCCGUUUUCAGGAGAUGGCUGUUGAACACUUCCCAGUGUCUGAGACUGAGGCUGUGGUCCUGACUGCUAUUGCUGUUUACACAGCAGGUCUGGCUUUGCCUCAUAACACACACAGAUUGCUGUCAGGUGAGGGCACAGAGCAGGGCUGGAGGGUGCUGAAACUGGUGGCGCUGCUGUACCUGGCUGUGCUGCUGGGUUGCACUGCCCUCAUCAAUUUCUCCUUGGGUUUCAUCUUGGCUCUCACUCUGGUGCCUGCAGCUGCCUUCGUCACCCCCCACGUGCCCAAGGUUCUGUCAGCGUUCGUCUUGGUCAUCCUCAGUCCGGCCUGCACGCUUCUUUUUUCAGUCUUUUUCUUCCAAGAGCUCCAGGAAAUGCCCGUCAGCUUCCUAGACGGUUGGUUGCUGUACCUGUCAGUCAUUUCGCAGGGCAUUCUGGAUCACUUCCUAUAUGGUUCUCUGGUCUACCCACUCAUAGCCUUGCUGGUGUACCCAUGCUGGCUGCUUUUCUGGAACAUCCUCUUCUGGAAGUAGCCUACAGAUCCACCACGGGCUUUCUAGUGUACGACCGCCCUCUGAAGCGUUCUCAGGUUUGUUUUUAUUGGGAGAAUGUGAAGAAUCAACAGUUAAAUCCACUGGAGAGUUUGGAACAUGAGGAAUAUCUACAGCUGCCUUGGAAAGAAUACAUUGAGUCAUUUUUUGGACAUUUUGUUGGUAUUAUAGUAUUUAAUCCAUCAACAUUGGCAACAUUUCUAUUCAUUUCAACAAAAUGAAUAAAUUUGUACUCAAUAUCACUUCUACGGUUAUAAAAAUGAGAAGGGAAGGUCUUUUCUCAACUACUUAUAAAUGUCAUGGUUGGGUUGCUUUAUGUAAAAACAGAAUUUGUUCAAGAAUGUCUUCAUGUAUUUCAUUUUGGUUUAUUUUUUGGUUUGUGGUACAUAUUAACAAUACUGUGCUGUAUUUUUUUCUUUAAAAAAAUCGGAUAGGACUUAAAUGAUGUAAGAUGUUUUGACAACACUAUCAUCUCACUGUCAGUGGUAUAAUGGAAGGAACUGUAGAGCUUGAUCUUCCUUUAAAGAUACCUGUAUAUCUGCGUCUGUUGAACAAGCCAUCACUACAUCUAAUAUUUUUAUACCCGCUUUGAUAACUUUGUUUUGAACCAUGUUUAUUUAUAACUGCCAAAAUAAAGCCUGAACAGUCUGACUUGUA